UCUUUCUUAAACCCUCGACACUCUCCACUCUCGAGUCUCUCUCUCUCUCUCUCUCUCUCUCUCUCGGUCUCUCGGUCUGUCUACUGCUUGUUCAUCAAUGGCCGCCACCACCACCCACCUCUCUCAUCCACCAUCCCUCUCUAAAACCCGAACUUUUCCUUUGAGCCAAAACCCAUUUCUUAAAACUCCUCUUUUAACCGUCAAAAGCACUAAAUCCUCUCUAAAGUCUCUGUCUCUCAAAGCAGUUUUGUCCCAAAACCCUGCUAGUACCCUACCCCAGGAAUCUGCUCCUUUUAAGCAUUGUUUCACCAAAUCUCCUGAUGGCUUCCUCUAUUGCGAGAACCUUAAGGUCCAGGAUAUCAUGGAGAAUGUUGAGAAAAGACCCUUUUAUUUGUACAGUAAGCCACAGAUUACUCGGAAUUUUGAGGCUUAUAGAGAUGCUUUAGAGGGAUUGAGAUCGAUUAUUGGGUAUGCAAUUAAGGCUAAUAAUAAUUUGAAGAUUUUGGAGCACUUGAGGCAGUUGGGUUGUGGAGCUGUACUGGUUAGUGGCAAUGAGCUCAGGUUGGCUCUUCAUGCGGGAUUCGAUCCCACAAGGUGCAUUUUGAAUGGAAACGGGAAGCUGUUGGAGGAAUUGGUAUUAGCUGCCCAGGAAGGUGUCUUUAUUAAUGUGGAUAGUGAAUUUGAUUUAGAGAAUAUUGUAGCAGCUGCUAGAAUUGCUGGCAAAAAGGUUAAUGUUUUACUACGAAUCAAUCCAGAUGUGGACCCUCAGGUUCAUCCUUAUGUUGCCACUGGGAAUAAGAACUCUAAAUUUGGCAUUAGAAAUGAGAAGCUGCAAUGGUUUUUGGAUGCUGUAAAGGCACAUCCUAAUGAGCUGAAGCUUGUGGGGGCCCAUUGCCAUCUUGGCUCAACCAUUACCAAGGUGGACAUUUUCAGGGAUGCUGCAGUUCUUAUGGUCAACUACAUUGACCAAAUCCGAGCUCAAGGUUUUGAAGUUGAUUACCUAAACAUUGGAGGUGGUUUAGGCAUAGAUUAUUAUCAUACUGGUGCUGUCCUUCCUUCACCAAGAGAUCUCAUUGACACUGUUCGAGAAUUGGUGCUCUCACGGAAUCUCAAUCUCAUCAUUGAACCAGGGAGAUCGGUGAUUGCAAAUACCUGCUGCCUGGUCAACAGGGUCACUGGAGUGAAAACUAAUGGAACCAAAAAUUUUAUUGUAAUUGAUGGUAGCAUGGCUGAACUUAUUCGUCCCAGUCUUUAUGAUGCUUAUCAACACAUAGAGCUUGUUUCUCCUCAACCAGCUAAUGCUGAAGUUUCAACUUUUGAUGUGGUGGGUCCUGUGUGUGAAUCUGCUGAUUUCUUAGGAAAGAAUAGAGAACUUCCAACUCCAGCUAAGGGAGCCGGUUUGGUUGUCCACGAUGCUGGCGCUUAUUGCAUGAGCAUGGCAUCAACAUACAAUCUGAAGAUGCGCCCUCCUGAGUACUGGGUUGAAGAAGAUGGAUCAGUGGCCAAAAUACGGCACGGGGAGACAUUUGAAGACCAUAUCCGGUUCUUCAAGGGCCUCUGAUUGCAGGCAUCAAACGUUUCUGCCGGUGCAGCAGGCUCGAGAUGUGCUCCUAUUGUAUUUUAUUCAUGUAGUAUCAUGCUGGAUUUUUGCUGUAUUGAUAGCAGCUGGAUUUCAUAUUCUGUCGUUUGGCGUAUGUUGUUAGAACUUUGCAUACUCAUCAGAGGAGAAAGUUCAAAUAAAGAAUAGAUGAAAUUGAAGGAAAGAAAAGGCAAGCAUUUGUGGGUUUGUGUCA